UUUAGAAGGAAGUGAGAAAUACACAGCUAAUACUGGGGUGUUUUACGACUAUAAAGCUUUGCGAUUAGUCAAAACCGAUAAAGGUUAAUGUGUGAUAAAUUCCCCUUCGUUUGUGCAAAGUAACUACCUUUCAGAAUUGUGCUUACUCACAAAAAUUAGUCAAAUCUGUGUUGAUUAAAUAAAUAUCAGGUCUAUCUGCGAAACUUCAUAGAUGGCCCUUGGAUAAGUUUAUUUUUGGAGAUAGAGUAUGACGUUUUUAGGAAUUGGAACCCAGCUCCUGUGUCUCUCAUUGGCACUUAUCGGAGCAUACGAUAACCUAUCAAAAGGACGGACAUCAUUCGUGUACGAUGAAAAUGGAGAUGGAGAGGAAGAUGAAGAGUUUUUCAGAAAGAAUAAAUUGGCUGUAUUAACAGAUGGUGAUCCUACCACAUGUGAUUCAUAUUACUACAUGCGGCGGUUUAGAAAUAAACAUACGUUAAAUGUUGACCUGUCCACAUUGCAGAGUAUCUACGAAGUUGAAAUACUCCAAGAGGGAGUUUCCAACAACUGGUCGGUGUACAUCUCAACUACAGACAGGAGAGAGAAUGCCACCCAGUGUAGAAGAACGAUCUCAUCACCGGAUGCCCAGCGCUUCACUUGUGCGGAUCAUGGCCGCUUUGUUAUACUUAGUGAUCAAAAGAAAAAGUUCAGAAAUAGAGCUUCUGUUUGUGAAGUCAAUGUAACAGGGUGUGUGGCGGGAAGUUUUGGUGAAGACUGCAGCAAAAAUUGCCCAGAAAAUUGCGUAGAGAAAAUAUGCAACAUAUUGGAUGGAAAAUGUACGAGGUGUUCCGAUGGUUGGAAGGGAGACUAUUGUAACCAAAGAAAACAGAACAUACAAGAAACAGAGUGUGCGAAAGGGUAUUUUGGCGACGACUGUACCGAGCUUUGUAAAGGCAGGUGCUUGAAUGGUGCCGCUUGUAAUGCCACGACAGGAUACUGUGACGAGGGUUGUGCUCCAGGAUGGAGGAACAAAGACUGUUCCGAAGUGUGUCUGAAUGGAUUCUUUGGAACACAGUGUGCGCAACGGUGUAACUUGUCAUGUGAUCCCAUAACUGGAUUUUACAGUGGGACUGUUACCGAGAUGUUAGGAAAAAGUGAGGAACAUUCGAAGGGAAGCAACGCAAUAGUGAGUGGUUUGGUGGUGGCGCUGGUAGUGUCAGUGUUGAUAAAUGUUGGUCUCCUGGCGAUAUAUUGGAAAAGAGGUAUACUUAAAGGAAAACAGACAAGCUUAAAAGAAGAGCCAUUGUAUGCGGAUGCGGAAUUUGAGGACCCAGUAAACGAACAACCAGGAAGGGGAGACAACUCAACGGGGACGGCUGUGUACUACGAGACAUUAAAUGAUAGAACACGUGAUCAGGACACGCAAAACUACAGUACAUUAGAGAACUAGAGAGAGAGAGAGAGAGAGAGAGAGAGAGAGAGAGAGAGAGAGAGAGAGAUUUUAUCAUUUGCAUUUAAUUCUAUGACAUUCUUGAGUUUAUUUCUAGGAGUAUUUUAUGGGAGUCAAUACCGUUUAAUGUACCACGUCUUGUGUAUAACUCUUCAUAUUACAUGUAUAUGGUCUUAUGUUAGAAAAACUUAGAAAACUUAGAAAAUUUUUGUAUUUUGUAUUAGAAAAGGUGCGCAUGUCAUGUUGAGGAUUUGUCAUUGAUAUGUUAUAUGGUCUUACAUUGGAUAAACUGUAUUCUAUUA